AUGCUCUCGAAGGUCAAUGUGAAUUUGCCGCUGCUUGAUGUGAUAAGGAAUAUGCCAUCGUACGUCAAGUUCUUCAAAGACUUGGUCACUAAGAAGAGGAGGUUCGAGGACGGAGAAAAAGUGGUGGUCUAUGAGGCGGCAAGCGCAAUGCAGCACGACUUGCCGAAGAAGGAACGUGAUCCCGGGGGUUUUGUCAUCAAAAUUGCCCUCGGAAAUGGGAAAGAGGCUUCGGGGAUGCUAGACCUCGGAGCGGGGAUCAAUCUCAUGCCAUUCUCCAUCUACCAGCGGCUCGGCCUCGGAGAUUUGAGGCCAACUCGGAUGUGCCUACAGCUUGCCGACCGAUCAAUCAGAUACCCCAAGGGAAUCAUAGAGGAUAUUCUUGUUCGUGUGGGAAAGCUUAUCGUCCCGGUGGACUUCGUGGUCCUAGAUGUGGGGGACGUGCAGGAGAACGGGAAGGACCAUACCAUCCUUCUAGGCAGACCAUUCAUGGCCACCACCAACACCCUCAUAGAUGUGAAGAACGGUACGUUGAACAUGACAGUUUUAGGCGAGUCAGUAUCCACUUCUGUUAGAGAGGCCACUUCCGCAUCUUCCGUGAACUUUGUGGAGGAGUGCGCCUUUAUCGAUGUGAUGGACCCGUUCGUUGAGGAGAUGAUGGUUCGGGAGUUUGAAGAAAGGUUGAUGCCCGAUUUGGAGGAUGACGAAGGGCCAAUGAAAAAGCCGGUGAUCAUCUUUGCCGAGCUAAACCGAGACGAGGAACGAGAGCUUCUUGACGUGCUUAAGAGGAAUCAAAAGGCCAUUGGGUGGAGUCUCGGGGAUAUCAAGGGCAUUAGUCCGGCCACAUGCAUGCACCGGAUAAUCUUAGAAGAAGGGGUCAAGCCGUUCCGCGAUAGCCAACGACGACUCAAUCCGAACAUGAUGGAGGUCGUGAAGAAGGAGGUAUUGAAGUUCUAUUCCGAGGGGCUUAUCUACCCGGUGGCGGAUAGUGAGUGGGUCAGUCCCAUUCACGUGGUGCCGAAGAAAGGAGGGAUAACCGUGAUCGAGAACGAGAAAAAGGAGAUGGUCCCCACCCGUAUCACUACCGGGUGGCGAAUGCCAUCAGUACUAUUGCUUCCUUGA